UUGAUUAUAAUGACUAUAUGAUUUCUAAAUACGUUAAUGUAUCGUUGCAGUGUAUCACACCACAGGUUAAUAACCAAAGCUUACACCGUUCCACGAGAUCGUUUUAUAUGAUCUCCAAAUGUCAUUUCAAUUACGGCGACUUUAGAACACGCCAAAGAUGUGAGCAGUCUUUACAAGAAAAAGAUCUGUAUUUGUACCAACCGGUAUUUUCUACUAUUUCCAAUGAAACUUUCAAAAAUCAUGAUUGUGCCGUUUGUAACGGAGAACAUAUGAAUAGCCUUAUUCCGUGGAAGUCAACGUUGAUAUGCUCUUCGAAACAAAUACUAUUAAAAAGGCGUUCAUUCCCUGAGCUGCAAUCGGUCGUUUAUAAAAACAAUUCCUUCUGCAACGUGGUAUAUAUUCCACCACCAUCCACACAGACGAGUGAAUGUGUAAUCAAGGAAUCGUAUGUCAGCAUUUGUAAUGAAUCUGGACAAUGGGAACAUUUUGAUAGCAAGAUCUUGAAUGCGUGUCAUUCAGGUGUAGUGCACGUUUAUUUAGAUUGUAGUUUUACAUUUGAGAGGAAAUUGUACAAAAAUGUCUUCUGUGCCAUGUGUAACAUCCCAGAUUGGAUUAAUCAUCUAGCAAUGGAGUGUAUAUCUUCCAUUGAAACAUUUAAUUGGAGAGCCAAGUUGGUAUCUUUUUCAGCUUUAAUCGAUUUUGAAGCCAACGACGAAGUGGAAAUCCCAGAUAAAGGGACAGAGUGUUCUGUUGAUUCAUUAUAUGAAUCUCGUGUGGAUGAUUGUCUUCCCAUUGUUUGUGAAGAAGGAAUGGUGUACACAGAUUCGGAGUGCAUUUCCAUUCAUCGGGUGAUUAAGAAAAACAAUUACGAAAUAAAUCUUAUAUUUUAUCCCACUUCCAACCAUUCGUCGAGCUCACAAGUUUCUUCUGUAGAUAUAUUUCGUUUCGUCAAGAAGUUUUUGCUCCUACACAGACUGUGGGACUAUCUCUGUACUUUGUGGAUACUUCACCACCCCGAUGAAAGGCUAUGGGACGAGGAAUCAUAUUACUUCGUUGCAAACAUCGAAAUUUCUGUUUCUGUUUGGCAUGACUAUAGUAACUUCAUACAUCAUCUAAACAAAAGACUGAAUGAGAUAGAUGGUUCUAUUGUUUCCAAUUUUCUUGUUUGGCAUCUGGGACAAUCAUUUUCGAAUUAUUUUGAAGCUACCAUGAAUGCAUUGCAAUGUUUGCAGAACCCCAUGACUAGAGAUGUUAUGUUAAAAUCUGGGUUUUACAGAGGAAAGGUUUACGAAACUACAGUAUGUUUUUCCACAGAGACUACUCUCACUUCUUCAAUGAUCGCUGCUUGGUCUCUCUGUCCAAGACUUGUAAUAGAUAAGCUUAAAUUUCAUGUAGUGAUAUCUAAUUUCACUCUUUAUUUUGUUGACUUUGAUUUCUAUGUAGAAUCACAGUAUUUUAGGGAGUCAGACGACAAAAGUCAAGUAGAGGUGUGUGUAGAACAGUAUCAAAUAGCAAGAAGAAGUUCGCUAAAAAUCCAAGAGUUUGACCUCGAGGAGAAAUAUUUGUCCUUUGUCUGUACAAUCCUUUCUUCAUUUGGAUGCUUGGCCACUUUAUUAUCACAUAUAUUUUUCCAAAAAGCAGAUUCUCUCCAUAAGUAUAACAUGAUGGCUCUCUCCUUUACCCUGCUGCUUGCGAAUGCAGUGUAUUCAGUCUCCAAACUCGCUCGCUCUUACCCUAUCUUAUGUAUUAUCAUGGGAGGUUUAACCCAGUUUCUCUGGCUAGAAGUGGUGAGUCUGAUGUUCAUGUCCUGUUUCUUAAUAUUCCGAACAUUAACAUCCUGGAAUAUUACGAAAACCGGUAGACGGCCCCCAGUGCAACUUCUGAUUAACCUCGCGUGCAGUUUUGUGGUUCCAAUGUUUUGUACAAUAACGAAUAUUCUAGUCAGUCGAUUUUUCUACCUAGACCAAAAUUCAGGUUACUCAUUGUCAUCCUGCUAUAUAUCAAGCCUAUAUCUUAAUAUCUUUACCUUUUCCAUUCCUGUUGCCAUCAUGAUUAUUCUUAAUAUUUUCAUGUUCCUUAUUAUUGCAAGAGAAGUCCGUACAAAGAAAAAUAUUGCAAUUUCGAGCACGAAAGAAAGACACCAGCUGACGAUUUACCUUAAGCUCUCCUCUAUCACCGGAUCCACCUGGCUUUUGGGUUACUUAUAUCAGAUUUUUCCGCUACAGAUAUUAUCUUACCUUCAUAUAAUUUUCACCGGUAGUCAAGGCUUAUUUCUUUUCUUUUCCUUUGGAUUGCCGUUACUGUUAAAUUAUGAAAGAUCAAAAAAAAAAUCAACUAAAGAUUAUUAGAGCAACAUUUUGUCUGCGUCUGUCAUAUUGUUUAUGUGUAUUAAACUUGCUACUUUUUCAACUUUCUUCAGAUCAACUGUUUGUAUAUCCCCACAUUUAGAGAACGAGACAACCCUGUUACUUGGAAAUACGAAGAUUUUGGCUAAUACUAGUAAAUUGUAAGGGUUUGGGCUGCUAGCAUAUGGAAUGUCGAUAUUGGCCUGGAUAGCUCAGUUGUUAAAACACCGAAUUAGUACUGCAGGGAUCCCUGGACUGAUUCUUCGUCCAGCCAUAGUUAUUCCCCUUUCGUGUUAUAUUUGCCGUUGACCACCCCUGGACUUCAGGUGAAAGUUCUGUCAGGAGCAAAUGAAUCUUAUUUGUGUGUCGUCGAGGGCGAAGACAAUUUAAGGCGGGAAGAAUAUAGUACUUUCGGCUAUAUGGACAGUAGAUAUUGGCCUGGAUACCUUAGUGGUUAGAGCAGCUGACUAGUAAUGAAGGGGUUCAAUUCCCAGUCCAGUCAUAAUUUUCUCCUUUCCUGUUACAGAGUAGUGGCGACUCGCAUGAACCUUAUUUUUAGCAUGUGCGUUUUCAAUUUGGUAAUACAUACAUUGUACAUAUGUAUAUGUGUUUAAUAAUUUGAAAACAAUAAACCAGGGUAAAGCAAUAUACACUUGCACCUGGCAAAUUAACUUGCUUGAUCUUCUUAACAAGAAGAAUAUGGAGUCAUGUACUCACAGCAGCCAUUUACAUGUAUGUUCCUUCCCUUAGCAAUGUCCUUGCCGCUACCCAUUAAACUAAGAAUUAUAGUUUCCACUAAUCCUAUGUAAAGCCCUCUACUUAAUGCAUUCCUUGCAUUUUUUCUACAGGAUCCCAGUCCAAUGUCUGCUUUGUGUCGUUUUUGUGAUAUGGAAUUUAAUGGUGGUGUGUGUUGGUUCAAUGGCAUAUUUCUAUUUAUUGUAACUGGUCAUUUCACUCAUCAUAUGUAUUUCAUAGGCAAAGGUUUAUGUAGGAGACUUUCAAUGGAUGUUGAUGUUCCCUUCCAUGUCUUUGAUACGAAAAUAUCAUAUAUGUUUUUGUCCUUGGUGUUCCAUUUUUCCUCUUUAAAUUUCAUCAUAUGGUAUAUAAUUGUUGUAUUUACCAUGGGUUCAAUGUCUUCACAUGUUCCUCCAUUGUUGCUUGCUAUGUUGCCGAGGUAUGUAAAGUUGACAAAACCCUCCACCUUUCACGUCUGAUCUCCACGUUUUUUCUCUGUUUUGGUAUCAUUUUCAUAGUUUUAGUCUCUCCAUUCAUCAGCCAAUUAUGGUCUGAACUAUCUAGGGUAGAUCUUUCAUAUCUUGUAUAUAUUUAUGUUAUGACACCUUUCAUUUAAUAUCAUGAUCUUUGACCUUGAACUGAAGAGUUUGGCCUAAUUUUAAGAAAACAUAAUCUAGAAGGUAUAUCUGGAGCUAUGUUAGGUAGGGAUUUCAUAUUUUGUAUAUAGAUUCUUUUUGGCAAGAAAUUGUGAAAUUUUGACCUUAAAAGUUUGACCUACUUUUUAAAAAACCCGUACCUAUUCAAUAUCUCCUGAACUAUUUAAGGUAGGGUUUUCAUAUUUUGUAUAUAUAUGUUCUCUAUGACUAGACCUCAUUAUUCCGUAAAGUUUGACCUUGUGACCUUAGAAUUGGACUGACUUUACAAAUUUCUGACCUAUACAAUAUAUCCUGAACUAUUCAAGGUAGAUCUUUUAUAUUGUCUAUAUAGAUUUCUUAUGAACUUUAUACUACAACCUUGGAAUUUGAUCUACUUUUAAGAACACGUAACCUAUUAAAUAUUUUCGAAACUAUUCAAGGUAGGGCUUUCAUAUUUUGCGUAUAGAUUCUUUAUGACAGGGCCUUGUGAUUUAAUCAUAUCGAUCUUAUGACCUUGACCUACUUUUUAAGAAACCGGACUUAAUAUCUACUGAACUAUUCAAGGUAGAUCUUUCAUAUUUUGUAUAUAGAUUCUUUAUGGCAAAGUCCUUGUUACACUUUGCUGACCUUGAUCUCGAAGUGUAACCUACUUUUAAUAAAAAUUCUGACCAAUUCAAUAUCUCCUGAACUAUUUACGAGCGCUUUCAUACUUUGAAAAUAGAUUUUUUGUAGAAUAGGGUCUUUCAAAUCAUACAAUGAUGAAUGACCUCGUGACCUUAGUCUAAUCCAGAACAGCAAGAUCCUGUUAGUCAUAUUGGUGUUGAUGCAUAUCUAUGUUAUGUGAAUUCAUUUUCAGUUAUGUUGUGAUCCUUUACGGCUAGGUUGGGACCACAAUAUGGGGUCAAAAGUUUUCGUACGAAAAAAAUUGAUAAAAAAAUC